GACCAAUAAGAUUGUUAAACACUCGGAAAUAACUUCAGUUUAAAUUUUGGGCGGCUUUGAAUUGUGAGCGGAUAGCAUGUUAACAGCUGUGACGCAUUAAAGAUAAAAAGAAAGUGAGAAAACAGACCGGAAGACGAUUCCAUACCAAUUCGUUUUUUAAUCGAUGGAAGCGGGAUAUAUUUUUUAACAGCAACGACAUCGUUUUAGCAUUAGUUUAAGCUAGCACACUGUUGCUUUCUGCGUUAAGUACGAAGACAGAGUGAAAAUGGAGUCCAGGCUGUCUAGAUUGCUUGUUGGACUUUCAGUGCAGAUCAGUCGCAGCGAUGGCCGCGUCCACCAUGCCACUGUGAAGUCUGUGGAUAACGCCAAGUCCACUGUCAUGGCUGAGUGGAAGGAGUUCGAUACUUUUAGAGGGAAGGAGAUUGGUGUGGAGGAGUUAUGUAUACUCAAUCCAGAACUGCUGACACACAUACAAGAUGCCAUCAACAAAGCUGCUGAGCCACCCUGCCCUCCUUCAGAGAAAAAGUACGAGGGUCGACUGCGCUCAUCGAGGAUUCCUGGCCCCCCCUCCUCCUCAACUCCAGCAGUGACUAAGGCUGAAGUUCUCACCCGGGCUCAGCUCAGGCAGACUUGCAGAUUCCAGCCCCGGGCUCCUGUCUCUGCGCGGGGUUUGGCUUUAGAGGAACCUGCCGAAACAAUCGCCUCUGAACCUCCAACUUCAUUGGUCCUCACAAACUCUGUGAGUCGUAAUGAUGAAAAGGAGGCUAAAGCAGCCAUGUCGCUGCCUUUUGUCCGAGAGACUGUUAAGGAAAAUGAUGAACCGAUGAAGUCUGCUAAAGGCAGAAGGAAGACUGUGGCUCCUCAAGAGCUCAGCAAAGGCAACAAAAGGCUGUCUUGUGUUAUCAAACCCACCGAAAUGCAGACCAAGAAGGGCAAGUUCAAAGAGGUGUCGCGGCCCAACCAGAAAUUCUACGAAAUGAUCCAAGACUUCAGGGAGACCUUGGAAGUCAUCCCAAUAUCAACUAAUGAUGUGAUUGAACCUCACAGGAUUUGCGUGUGCGUUCGUAAACGACCCCUGAACAAGCAAGAGCUGAAUAGAAAGGAGAUCGAUGUGGUCUCUGUACCCGGAAGAGGUGCCCUGCUGGUCCACGAGCCAAAGCAGAAAGUAGACCUCACCAAGUACUUGGACAACCAAAUCUUCCAGUUUGACUACUCCUUUGAUGAAACAGCCACCAAUGACUUGGUCUACAGAUUCACUGCAAAACCUUUGGUGCAGUCUAUCUUUGAAGGUGGCAUGGCGACAUGUUUCGCCUACGGUCAGACAGGAAGUGGGAAGACGCAUACAAUGGGAGGUGAUUUCUCAGGCAAGCAGCAGAACUGCACCAAGGGAAUCUAUGCCUUAGCAGCUCAGGAUGUGUUUGCCUGUCUCGGUCACAGGAGGUAUGCUAACCUGGAUCUGUCUGUCUACGUCAGCUUCUUUGAGAUCUACAACGGCAAAGUAUAUGACCUGCUAAAUAAAAAGGCCAAGCUCCGUGUGCUGGAGGAUGAGCGUCAGCAGGUACAAGUCGUGGGCCUGGAGGAGAUCUACGUGUCCACGGCGGACGAGGUUGUAAAGAUGAUCCAGCUAGGCAGUGCCGCCAGAACAUUUGGCCAGACCUCGGCCAACGCCAACUCCUCGCGCUCUCACGCCAUCCUCCAGAUUGUCCUCAGACGCAACAACCGCACCACCACACUGCACGGCAAGUUCUCCCUGGUCGACUUGGCCGGCAAUGAGCGCGGCACGGACGUUAGCAGCAACGACCGUGCCACCUUGGUGGAGACAGCCGAGAUCAACCGCAGCCUCCUGGCUCUAAAGGAGUGCAUCCGAUCACUCGGCAUGAACAGUGAUCACAUUCCUUUCAGGAUGAGCACUUUGACCAAGGUCCUCCGGGAUUCCUUCAUCGGAGAGAAUUCCAGGAUCUGCAUGAUCGCCAUGGUGUCCCCAGGAAUGGCUUCAUGUGAAUAUACAAUGAACACACUACGUUACGCUGACAGAGUGAAAGAGUUAAAUGGUAAUUCCAAAGCCAGUGGAGAGGCCAGAGCUCAGGAGCCUGUUGACUGCUCUUCAGAGGAGGACGCUGUUGUGGACAGGAGCGUGUAUGACGCCAUCAGCCAUGUGGCGGAACAAGAGGAGAAAGUAUAUGCAGAGCUUCAGAGGGCCACAGAGCUGGUAAAGGCAAUGGAGCAAACUUCUUAUAACAUCGAGGCAGGAAUCCCACACUUGAUGGACUACUCUCAGAAGUUAUUGGACACUGUGCUGGCAUUGCAGGCCGCUGUAAAAGACGAGAGAAAGGCCAGGCUCAACCACUGAGUCAUAAAUCAAAAUGAACAGCUUUGGUUGCAAUUACCUGUUGGAUGUAUUGCUUUUUUUAACUGGGUUAUAUUAAAUAAAAUGAAUGCAUACAAAAACAAAAUAAAAAUGUUGCAUACAUUUUGCAGCAUGUUGCAGCUAUGGAGAUAAUUGCAACCCUUUGGGAUUGGUUGAGUUUGGGAUGACAUGGGUUAUCAGUGUAAAGUUCAUAAAACUAUCCUAAAAAAGCUUUGCCUCGUGUCUUUAGUAAGUAGCAAUUUAGUUGUGCACAUUUUGUGAAACUUUUAACAUAAUUUUAAAAAGAAGUCUGAGAGUCUGUAUUUGGCCGGCAGCAUUGUGCAACUUUAGUGGUUUGUUUUGACAGAAAAGUUGGUUUAUUUCUGAUUACACAACUUUAGGGGCCUUCUUCUAUUUCACAUGUUCCAAAAUGCUUGAAGUUGCCGUUUCAAAAAGGGUUAAGGUCUUGAAAUUGUAAUGGCUAA